CCAGGUGGCGGCGCGGGGCGGGCGCAAAGAGAAGGAAGGAGGUGGUGGUGCAGGAUGGCGGGGACAACCUACGAGCGGCUGAAGCUGCAUAUCACACCUGAAAAAUUUUAUGUGGAAGCUUGUGAUGAUGGAGCAGAUGACGUACUCAUCAUCGAUCGUGUGUCCACAGAGGUUACCCUCUCAGUCAAGAAAGAUAUUCCUCCUUCAGCUGUCACAAGACCAAUAUUUGGUAUACUGGGCACAAUCCAUCUGGUGGCAGGUAAUUAUCUAAUUGUCAUUACCAAAAAGACAAAAAUAGGUGAAUUUUUCAAUCAUGUAAUCUGGAAAGCAACGGAUUUUGAUGUCCUUUCUUAUAAGAAGACAAUGUUGCACUUAACUGAUAUUCAGUUACAAGAUAAUAAAACUUUCCUAGCGAUGAUAAACCAUGUCUUGAGUGUGGAUGGGUUUUACUUUUCAACGACAUAUGAUUUGACCCAUACUUUGCAGCGGCUCUCCAAUACUAGUCCAGAAUUUCAAGAAAUGAGUCUCUUGGAAAGAGCAGAUCAGCGGUUUGUAUGGAAUGGUCAUCUUCUAAGAGAACUUUCUGCUCAGCCAGAGCUCCAUCGGUUUGCUCUUCCAGUAUUACAUGGAUUUAUUACUAUGCACUCGUGUUCUAUUAAUGGAAAAUGCUUUGAUUGGAUUCUCAUCUCGAGGAGAAGUUGUUUCAGAGCUGGUGUGCGCUAUUAUGUAAGAGGAAUUGAUUCUGAAGGUCAUGCAGCUAACUUUGUAGAAACAGAACAAAUCGUGCACUACAAUGGGAGCAGGGCUUCAUUUGUACAGACUCGAGGAUCAAUACCAGUUUUCUGGUCUCAAAGACCAAACCUCAAGUACAAACCGUUGCCACAGAUCAACAAAGUAGCAAAUCAUAUGGAUGGUUUCCAAAGGCAUUUUGAUUCACAAGUAAUUAUUUAUGGAAAACAAGUCAUAAUCAAUCUGGUUAACCAGAAGGGCUCGGAGAAGCCACUUGAGCAGGCAUUUGCAACAAUGGUGUCUUCCUUGGCGAGUGGAAUGAUCAGAUAUUUUGCCUUUGACUUCCAUAAGGAAUGUAAAAAUAUGAGAUGGGAUCGACUAAGUAUUUUAUUGGAUCAGGUAGCAGAAAUACAAGAUGAAUUAAGUUAUUUUCUAGUGGACCCUGUUGGCAAGGUGGUGACAAACCAGGAAGGUGUGUUCCGCAGCAAUUGCAUGGAUUGUCUAGAUAGAACCAAUGUGAUCCAGAGUCUGUUAGCUCGUCGUUCGCUUCAGGCCCAGCUUCAGAGACUAGGAGUUUUGCAUGUGGGACAAAAGCUUGAAGAACAAGAUGAAUUUGAGAAGAUUUACAAAAAUGCCUGGGCUGACAACGCAAAUGCUUGUGCCAAACAGUAUGCGGGAACUGGUGCCUUGAAGACUGACUUUACCAGAACCGGGAAGAGAACUCAGUUGGGACUUUUAAUGGAUGGCUGGAACUCACUAAUACGAUAUUACAAGAACAACUUUUCUGAUGGAUUUAGACAAGAUUCAAUAGACUUAUUUCUUGGAAACUAUUCAGUGGAUGAAUUAGAAUCUCAUAGUCCUUUAAGUGUUCCAAGAGAUUUGAAGUUCCUGGCUUUGCCUAUUAUCAUGGUUGUUGCCUUUUCAAUGUGCAUUAUCUGUUUGCUUAUGGCUGGUGACACUUGGACAGAAACAUUGGCCUAUGUGCUCUUCUGGGGAGUUGCAAGCAUUGGAACAUUUUUUAUUAUUCUUUACAAUGGCAAAGAUUUUGUUGAUGCUCCCAGAUUGGUCCAAAAAGAAAAGAUAGACUGAAUUUGUGUCUGUGGAAAGCGGCUUGGCUUGGAAGAUUCCAUUAUGCAGAACUGGAGUCUUUACUGACCCGCUUUCCACAUCAGCCCGAGGUCUUUUUAAAGCCUUUUUCCAAAGCAUAUCUUGUGUUCUAUGUGGGGGUCAUGACUUAGAGUUGAUCUGAUGUUACUGCCUUGAUGAUCUCUUUACUAUUGGGACAGUUAUAUUUAUAAUUUGAAGCUAUUCUAGAAUUAAAAUGUAAUCUGAGUUCAGCUCACAGAA